AACAAAGAAAAAGAAGAAGAAGGAGAAGGUGGAGGAGGAAGAGGAGGAGAAGAAGAAAACUGAACACAUAUUAGCUCCAUUCCUUCUUUUCACAGUUUUCAAAAAGAACCCUAAAAUGCAGGACAAACUUCUUAUUCAAAUGGCACACAUCAACAUCAAUAUCAUCAUUAUUAUCAUCAUUAUCAUCAUCAAAAGCAGUUGAUGGGCACAAUAUCUUCCCCCUCUCUUCUUUGGCACUGCCUACAGAGGUGGCCACCAUCCAUAUCCAGCAUCAUGGCUGCCCUCAGACCUCACAUGAAGCCCAAAAUCAUCAAAAAGAGUACCAAGAAGUUCAUUGGGCACCAGUCAGACCAAUAUGUCAAAAUUAAGCUCAACUGGUGGAAACCCAGAGGUAUUAACAACAGGGUGCAGAGAAUAUUCAAAGGCCAGCUUUUGAUGCCCAACUUUGGUUAUGAGAAAAACAAGAAAACAAAGCACAUGCUGCCCGGUGGCUUCUGGAAUUUCCUGGUCCACAAUAUCAAGGAGCUGGAAGUGCUGCUCAUGUGCAACAAAUCUUACUAUGCUGACAUUGCUCACAAUGUUUCCUCCAAUAACUGCAAAGCCAUCAUUGAAAGGGCAGCCAAACUGGCCAUCAGAGUCACCAAUCCCAAUGCCAGGCGGAGCAAUGAAGAAAAUGAGUGGACAGUUCACACGCACAUUUUUUGUGUGCUUAAAUAA